AUCCAUGGCAACAAACCAAUCCGUGAAUCCCUCAACAUCGUCAUGUAUGUUGAUGAGACUUGGCUCUCCGGUCCUCCCAUCCUUCCCUCUGAUCCAUUUGAUCGCGCUGUGGCUCGCUUUUGGGACGUCUAUAUCGAUGAACACUGUUUCACAUCAAUUAAUGGAGUGGCAGUAGCAAAAAACGAGGAGGAGAGAAAGGCAGCGAUAACUAAGCUAGAGCAGUGUAUGGCUCUAUUGGAAGAAACGUUUCAAGAAUGCAGCAAAGGAAGAGGCUUCUUUGGAGGAGAAAACAUUGGAUUCAUUGACAUUGGUUUCGGGUCGAUGUUGGGUCCUCUUAAGGUUCUCGAGAAAUUUACCGGCGUCAAGUUCAUACAUCCCGAAAACACACCAGGUCUUUUCCUUUGGGCAGACAGAUUCUACGCACAUGAAGCAGUCAAGCCUGUCAUGCCCGAUAUCGAAAAACUGGUCGAGUUCGCUAAGCUCAAGUUCAAUACUUCAAUUUUUAAAUAAAAAUCAAGGACUAAUGAUAAU